UCUAAAAUCACAAAAGAUCUAAAAUAAAGCAUGGGCGACAGUAGCGACGACGAUGUGUUUGGUUUGUGCGGCGGCUACCCUUCCCGCCCUCCCACUGAACACACGUCAUCCCUAAAAACUUCGACGUGUGUUUCAUCCGAGACUUACAGCCCCAUCAGAUGCCUCUCUUCACCUGCAAACUCGAGGCGACUCGUGCGACAAUCUCGACUGCGAGGAGAACAUCAAGACCUCCACAGCUCCGAUGCUCCUCAGCGCAGCCAAUCCUCGGGCCGCGAGGACACUUGUCGCACUCCCCACUCACGUAGCAGCAGCUCGUCCCCAGGAAGUGGACGCUUCCGCUCAUCCCCAAUCCCCAUAUCACCACUUGCGUCGGGGCAUUCGAAUUCUAGAGACCCCGGACCGUCGUCCCCCAGAUCUUCCCCGCGGGCCGUCCCGGCGUUCCUCAAGUUCGGACCCAGCAACCUGGACUCUCUGUACGCGGCGCCCUCGCGGUCCGAGUCUCUGCAGGAGCUCUUCUCUCAGAGCCCCAACACGCUGCGCAGGAAUAUCCUCAUAGACAUGUUCUCGUGGGGCAAGAAUAGGAUGAUCGAGACUGACAGCAAGUCGCUGAACUCGCUGUCCACACAGUCUGCCUACUCCGGUCCUGGCGUCGGCCAUUCCCGUAAAUCAUCCGACACCUCACAGAUCUCAGUUCAGUCUGGAGGCUCGGGAGGAUCGUCUGGUGGAGGCUCGUCGGGAGGCGGAGGUGUCACUGGUGGAACACAGGAUCCAGAGGAAGAUCUUUGGGGUCUUUGGGGAAGACUCGUCAAUGACUGGGAGAACUGGAACAAGAAGAAGAGCCAGCAAGUAAAGGACCUGGUGCGCAAGGGCAUCCCUGUACAUUUCCGAGGCAUCACCUGGCAGUUGCUGUGCGAUGCCAACAAUUCCCCCGACAAGUUCAAGUACGCCGAGCACCUCAAGACCACGUCUGCUUGUGAAAAGGUGAUCAGACGCGACAUCGCACGCACGUACCCCGAGCACGACUUCUUCAAGGAGAAGGAUGGCCUCGGCCAGGAGAGUCUCUUCAACGUGAUGAAGGCUUACAGCCUCCACGACCGGGAAGUGGGCUACUGCCAGGGCUCGGCUUUCAUUGUGGGCCUGCUCCUCAUGCAGAUGCCGGAAGAGGAGGCGUUCGCGGUGCUGGUGAAGCUGAUGCAGGACUACCGCCUGCGGGAGAUGUUCAAGCCGUCCAUGGCUGAGCUCGGCCUCUGCAUGUACCAGCUGGAGACGCUCAUACAGGAGCUCCUGCCUGACCUACACGCACACUUCACCUCACAGAGCUUCCAUACGUCCAUGUAUGCGUCGUCGUGGUUCCUGACGUUAUUCGCGACGUCGCUGCCGCUGGGGGGCGCUUGUCGUGUCAUGGACUGCUUCCUCGUGGACGGCCUCGAGGUCAUCUUCCGCAUCGCCCUCGCCGUCCUCACCAUCAGCAAGGAGGAGCUCUUCGCCAUGGACAUGGAGGGCAUGCUUAAGUACUUCCAGCGUGACCUGCCUGUGAAGUUUGAAGCUGACCCUGAAUCUUACUUCACGAUGGCUUACUCCAUUCGCUACAACGCUAAGAAGAUGAAGAAAAUGGAGAAAGAGUACACAGCAAUGAAGACCAAAGAGCAAGAGGAGCUCGUCGAACUCAAGAGACUGCGCACAGAGAACCGUCUUCUGCGUCAGAAGAUCGACUGCCUCGAGGCUGAGUCCUCAGCUCUGGCCGACCGCCUCAUUCAGGGGCAGGUGUCCAGGGCCGAGGAGGCAGAACACAACUUCGCCAUUAAGCGUGAGCUGGCAGCACUGCGUCAGCACGACGGUGAGACGCUGGAGCAGCUGAACUACGCACGAGACAGGAUCAGGCAGCUCACAGGAACCAUCGAGGAGAACAGCAACUCCAGGGAGUCCUCGCUCGCUGAGCUCAUCAGGAGGGAGGAGGAACUCGCGCAGAAGGAGGAGCUCGUCAAGUGUCUGCAGGAGGAACUCGUACAGGUGCGUCUUAAGACCGCGGAGGCGGAGGCGACGACGCGAGACCUGCAGUCGCGCAUCCAGGACCUGGAGGAGGAGCAGAAGCGCAACAGAGAGGCCACUCCUGACCACUCAGUCGCCCACCUUCAGGAGGAACUCAUCGCCGUGAGGCUCCGUGAGGCCGAGGCCAACCUUGCUCUUAAGGACCUCAGACACAGAGUGCAAGAGCUGACGCAGCUCUGGACCAGGCAUUUACAGGUGAGCUGACGCAGCUCUGGACCAGGCAUUUACAGGUGAGCUGACGCAGCUCUGGACCAGGCAUNCGGUCUCCUGGGAGGCUGGGACCGCAGCAGCAGCGAGUCCGCGGCGCGGCUGGAGGAGGAACUUAUGACCACCAAACUGCACGAGACCUCAGCGGUGGCCGAGCUCAAGGAGGCCAGACUCAGG